CCCUUCCCUCUUCGCAAUGGUGCGGUCUGCUGGAAGGACUCUUCGCGUCGGCCCCGGACUGCUCAACGUUGCCAGUGUGCUCGCAGCUCGCUAGAGUUGCAGUCGGGCGGCUGGCUGGGGGAAGCAGUAGCCGCGGUGCUAUUUAGUUUCUCUGUGUGUGUUUGGUGGCUCUCUCGCUCUUUCCUCCUUCCCUGUCUCUCACUCACUUCUUUGACAUUUUUACUUCUGAAAAUUUUCUUGAUUGGUAACACCAGGACUUUAAGGGAAUACUCUGACUUCAGUUUGGCCUCCUCAUCUAGUGGGCAAGGAGGAAAAGCAGACUCACACACCCCGCACACCAUUACUGGUGUCAAGAUGUCACUGAAAGUGCAGACAAGUAACAUCACGAACAAGAAUGAUCCCAAGUCCAUCAACUCCAGAGUCUUCAUUGGAAACCUCAACACAGCAGUGGUCAAAAAGUCAGAUGUAGAGACCAUCUUCUCUAAGUAUGGCAGAGUGGUGGGCUGCUCCGUUCACAAAGGCUAUGCAUUUGUACAAUACUCAAAUGAGAGGCACGCACGGGCUGCUGUCUUGGGGGAAAAUGGAAGAGUGCUUGCUGGACAGACACUAGAUAUAAACAUGGCUGGAGAACCAAAACCCAACAGACCCAAAGGGCUGAAAAGAACAGCAUCUGCCUUGUACAGUGGCUAUGACUUUGAUUAUGACUACUACAGGGAUGAUUUCUAUGACAGACUCUUUGAAUAUCGAGGACGGGUCUCUCCUGUUCCUAGAGUGGUUCCUGUGAAGCGUCCACGGGUGACAAUUCCUUUAGUAAGGCGUGUAAAAGCAACCCUCCCAGUCAAGCUCUUUUCCCGAUCUGCUGCCAUUGCAAACAGUUCAGCCAAAUUAAAAUUGAAAUGCAACGAACUGCAGACAAUCAAAACAGAGCUGACACAGAUCAAAUCUAACAUUGAUGCUCUCCUGGGAAGAUUGGAGCAGAUUGCUGAACAACAGAAAGCAUCUACAGAGGUAAGAAAGAAAGCCGAUGGAAACAAAAGCGAGAUCUCCCAAGAAGACACAGCAUCAGAGGCAGAGAUUAACACAGAGGAGCCACUAAACGGGGAGGAAGGCGAGGAGGAAGGCCUGCUGCAGGACGACUGCGAAGACGAAUUGGAGAAUAGCCAUUAUACAGAUGUGGAGGACUCCAGCCUACAGUAACCAGCAUGUCAUUCAGCACAGCAGCCAUGGAAAAACCGGGACGACAGCAACAGAUUUAAGCCCUGCCUUGGCAUGUUGAUCCAGACAAGCAUAACAUGCCGGACUGUCAUCCUCUCUGCCUGGCAUCCAAAAGGAGAAAUAUGGACCCCUGUCUCCGUGCCAUUUUGUAGUACACAGCAAACUAGUCAUCCCAGAGGAACCCCUUCAUUGCUCCCACCCCACCCUUGGUCUACAGACUCAAAGUCCUGCAGCCAAUAAGCACCACUUGUUCCAUGACCUUCACUGGCCAGAUACUGGAUCUGGUUUU